UUUGCAUGGCUUUGCACGUAACGCGAGAGGUGUGGUCAGCAUGUUCAGGCAGACGUUCAAUUGUAGGUGACAGUAGCUCAUUCGGCUCAUUGUUAGCUCUUUUCACCCGCGAUAGGCUCCAACAAGUUUCCCCUUGCCUGUGCUGCGACCAACUGUUUGACUAGGCUACAUGAACGCCGCCAGCACGGACCGUACCCCCUGGAAACAUUUAUGUGAUCUAAAUGCAUGCGGUUUUCUCACUAUCAUCACUUGUGUGAAAACACCAAUGGAGAGGUAACUGCGCUCAAAUGGUUAAGAUUGUGUCUUUGGUCACGAAAAUGGACACUGCUGGAUCAUUAAUCAAAUGGAAAACUUUUCUUUUUUAUCUAAUGGGAUUGUCAAAAGGCAGGAUCCCGGGGGAGGGGACGAAUGAAACAUUCAAGACUGGUCUCUGGUGCUGUGAACGAGAAAUAGAGAAAGAAGUGGAGCAGCUAAAGUGCAGCGCCUCCAAUUCAAAGUAUAAUGUUACUGCCUUCAGAAAAGGUUGUCAACUUCAUGUUUUUAUAUGGAGUGCCAUUUUCCAAUACGGCCGAUGCUAGCCAAGCUGCCAGCAACCAGGAGAAGUGGUCCAAUAUGACCUUGGUGCAGCGGCACCCUCUGUCCUCCUGGUAUCAGAGAUCUCAUUGGCAUGGCAACAGCAAGCCAGGCGCUACACAUUCUCCACAAAGACGUCUCACACCACUGUCCUUCUCCAAACUUGUCUAUUCUUUUCAAGUGAAAGAGGACACACAACCAGGAACGAUAGUGGGGAACGUGGAAGCAGGAGAGCCUAGCAAAGGAUCGACAAACACCAUCUUCUCUGUGUUGGAGGACGACGGGGAGGGCCUGUUCCUGCUCAGCCGUCUCUCCGGUGACUUUCUGUUGUCACGCUCCCUGGACUACGAAACCCAGAGACUCUACAUCCUGACAGUGGUAGUGAAGCACGGGGACUUAGGGGCCAGCAGAGUCCGGGUCUAUUUUAAUGUGCUGGAUGUCAACGAUAACCUUCCAGUGUUCAGACUGGACUCUUACUCCGUCUCUGUACCAGAGGACAGCCCUGUUGGAACCUGUUUCCUUGAUCUCAAUGUCUCUGAUGCGGAUGACGGUAUGAACGGAGAGGUGGACAUAGAAGUGACAGGCGAAGAUGGCGACACUACAUUCUCGGUCAAUCCAGACGGUGCUCUCUGCCUAAACAUAGAGUUAGACAGAGAGAGCAGCUCAGACUACCGUCUGACAGUCCAGGCUAGCGAUCGUGCUCUGUCCAUUUCUAGACGCCUGACUGCCACAGCACGUGUUGUCGUCAAUGUAGACGAUAUAAACGACAACAUGCCGUCUUUCACGUCAGCCGGUAGUGUCACCAUCCCAGAAGACACUGCUCUCCAUGCUGUUGUCAUGGUGAUACAGGCAGUGGAUGUGGACUCGGGAUCCAACGGGGACGUCGUCUACACCCUGGAGGACACGUCAGUCAGCGUGUUCAGUAUCAACAGUACUAAUGGUCGUCUGUACCUGCAGCAGCCUCUGGACAGAGAGCAGUUGGAUACGCUGACUGUCACUGUGACAGCCACGGACAGAGGCUCUCCUCCGCUGGCCUCCUCCAUGAACCUAGCAGUGCAUGUAGAGGACGUCAACGAUCACAACCCAGAGUUCACACACAACUACUACAGCCUGGCAGUCCGAGAGGAUACCCCCAGAGGAACCAGCCUGUUGCAGCUCCGUGCUCUGGAUGGGGACAUUGGCUAUAAUGGACAGGUGCGCUAUCAGCUGUCUCAGGGGAGUCCGUUCCUGGCGGACUCAGUCCGAGGUGUCAUCUCCCUGAUAGACAGGCUGGACAGAGAGAGAGACUCCUUUCACCUGCUAGCCGUCACCGCCAUGGACCAGGGCAGCAUGCCCAGGUCAGCCACCGCUGUGGUCAACAUCACUGUCCUAGAUGUCAAUGACUGCAGCCCGCUGUUCUCUCCAGACACACUGACGCUCCAUGUGUUGGAGAACGGCGGAGACCCGUCUCAGCUCACCCACCAGGUGUCAGCUAGGGAUGAUGAUCUAGGGGUGAACAGCCAGAUGAGGUACUUCAUAGAUAGAGACUGGGAGGGUCUCUUCUCUCUGUCGCCAAACGGCACCUUUCACAUACUACAGAGCCUGGACAGGGAGGUGACAUCUCUCUACAAGUUAGACAUCAUGGCUGUCGACUCAGGUUUGCCGCCUCUGACAGGGACUGUGACAGUCCAUGUUGUAGUGGACGAUAUGAAUGACAACCGGCCAGUGUUUAGUGAGGAGGUCUACACCACCAUUGUCUAUGAGGAUAGCCCUGCAGGCACAGUGUUUGCCAUGGUCACUGCCUAUGAUGCGGAUGAAGGUGUCAAUGGACAAAUAAGGUACUCCAUAGAGAGUGCCGAUGGACCCUUCUCUAUUGAGGACACGUCUGGGGAGCUGUUGACCACUGGCGUGCUGGACAGGGAGGCGGUGGCAAUCUACAGACUGACUGUGGUGGCCAGGGACACACACCCCACACAGCAGCUGUCCAGCUCUGUACAGGUGUCUGUCCUGGUUGCGGAUGUCAACGACCACUGGCCUCAGUUCCUCCACAGCCCCUAUGUGGCUAACAUGCCGGCUGGAUCUGCUCCGGGGUCUGUUGUGUGUGCGGUGAGAGCAGUGGAUGGGGACUCAGGGAUCAAUGCACAGCUUCACUUCUUCUUAUACGGGCAGAACACUGGCCAGUUCUUCAUCAGCCCACACAGGGGAACCAUUUUCACCACUGGUGCCCUCGCAGGGACAAACGACUUCACUAUCAACGUGCACGUGGAAGACGGGGGAGACCAUCCUAAAUUUGACACAACAACUGUUACCAUCAGAUUCCAGAAUGCGUCAGAGUUCCCCACAGUUGGUGUAGAUGUUCUCAGACCAUCUCUCUCUGAAGAGGACCCAGAGGGAACCUUGGUAGCUCUGGUCUCAGCCGGGACAUCCAGAGCAGGUCCAGUCUCCUUCUACCUGGCGUCUGGAGACUCCGACCACCUGUUCCGCCUCCACCAAGCCACUGGCCAGUUGACCAUCCACCACCCUCUGGACUAUGAGACCAACAAAGAGUUUCUACUGCUGGUGGAGGCCAGAGAUGCAGGCUCCCCACCGUUCUCUUCUUAUGCAGAGAUUCACGUGAAUGUCACUGAUGUGAACGAUAACGCACCGCAAUUCACUCAGCGUGAAUAUAGGUGUGAGGUACUGGAGAACUCUCCAGCGACGUGGGUGUGUGACGUGCUCGCCAUCGAUGCGGACUCUGGGAGUUAUGGAAAGGUGCAGUACAGCAUUUUAGAGUGGAACAACAUUGACCAUGUUUUUACUAUCGACUCAGAAAAUGGCAUGCUGAGCACAACAACGAGUUUAGACCGCGAAGAAAUACCUGAGUACAAUUUAACCAUCGUAGCGGCAGACAAAAACAACAGUUUCUAUAAAGACAUUGCAGUCAUGCUAGUGGUGGUUGUGGACACAAACGACCACGCACCUCGGUUUACACAGAUCUUCUUCACUGAGGUAACUGAGGAUUCUCCUAUCGGACACACCAUUUUACAGAUCGUCUCAACAGAUGACGACAUCGGUGCCAAUGCUGUGAUGACGUAUUCCAUAAUUGACCAGAGGGAUGACGUUCUUCCCUUCAGUAUUGAUAAGACUAGUGGGUGUAUAACAGUGUUGCUGUCCCUGGACAGGGAGACCCAGGACCAUUAUGUGAUGAAAGUCAAUGCCAACGACUCAGCUUGGACCAUUAGUACAGACGUGACAAUAGACGUAACCGAUGUUAAUGACAACAAACCUGUCUUUACUAAACAGGUCUACACCACUACUGUCACUGAGACCAGGGCCCAGGAAGUAUUUGUUAUGCGAGUUCUCGCUAUGGAUGCUGACCUGGGACAAAACAGUCAGAUUGUGUAUCUGAUCGACCCUCCCAGUGAGCACUUCUGGGUCAAUGCGUCUACUGGGGAUAUUCUCACCAAGCAACCCAUAUCUUUACUACAUCAGUCUGCCUCUCUGAGCUUUAGUAUUACGGUUGUAGCCUCUGACUGUGGCAAUGUUCGUUCACACAGUAACUCCAUGGUCAUUGUAACCGUUGUUCAGUAUAACCACUUCCCUCCCAGCUUCCUGCCUUUCCCGCCUCUCCUGUCCAUCCCCUUUAACAUCACCAUGGGAACCGAGGUGGUGCGGCUAACAGCCGUGGACCGGGACUCCAAUCGCAGCAAAAGCAACACUACUAUAGAAUACAGUCUCGCCGGAGGUAACGCAUCAGAUUUUUUUGUAAUAAACAUGGACGAUGGGAGACUGAUGCUUAAUAGGACAUUGAGGCAAAGCAUUAACUCACUGUUGAUGCUCAUAGUUACAGCAAAGGACCAGGGGUUCCCUCCUCUCUCAUCACAGGCUGCUGUUCAAUUUGAGGUUACAGGAGAGAAUCAGUUUUCUCCGCAGUUUUCAGAGAUGUAUGUUACCUUCUCCGUCCCUGAGGAUCUGCUAGUGGGGUCAGUCAUUGGGAAAGUCCAGGCCGAAGACGGAGACGAUGGUGUCAAUGGUGUGCUCUCAUAUUCUAUAACGUCAGGAAACAAAUAUUCACCGUUCUCUUUAGGACAGAGGUCAGGGUUGAUUACCCUAGUCGAAAGGCUGGACUAUGAGAAACAAGGAGUUUAUCGUAUUCAGAUCACCGCCAAAGAUGGAGGCUGGAUCUCUAAGACUGGGACGGUAAUCAUGACCGUGAAUGUCAGUGACGUGAAUGACAACCCUCCGGUCUUCACAUUGUCACAGUACACAGCCUCAGUGCUGGAGAACUCUGCGGUUGGGACACCGGUCCUCCAGGUCGGUGCUACCGAUGCAGACUCAAGCGCCAAUGCAGAUAUCACCUACUCACUGAUGGCCAGUGGACACUCUGGUCAGUUUGCCAUCGACUCCAGGAACGGCACUGUCACCACUCUGGAUAUCUUUGACUUUGAGCUCAAGCGGUCCUUCGAAAUAACUGUCAAGGCCUCAGACGCAGAAAACCGCCAUUCAUUCAGCAUCGCGCACGUUAAUAUCCAAGUCUCAGGAGUCAACGAGUUCAGCCCAGCGUUCCUGCAGCACAAGUUCAACCUGUCUGUCUCCGAGAAUGUAUCUAUUGGAACUAGAGUUGGCAAGGUAACCGCCACUGACUCUGACGAAGGCCUGGACGGACUGGUCUUCUACCUGCUCAUUGGACAAAGCCGAUGGACAGGCUUCGACGUAGAUGAACAGAGCGGAGAGAUCUACAUCACCGCUGAUCUGAGGAAGCAGGGCUACAGCCAUGUCACCCUGAGAAUCCUAGCUAAGAACCGAGGCGUCAUCACAGGGUUAGACGUGGACGAAGCCUUGGUCCACAUCAAUAUAGUGGACACUAACGACCCACCAGAGUUCUCCUCGGGGCUCUACAGUGCGGAGAUCAGGGAGGACAGCCUUGUGGGGAAUUCUGUUAUCAGAGUGGUUGCCCUGGACCAGGACUCUGUCCCAGAGUGGAGUCGCUUCUCCUAUAGCAUCCCGGAUGGAAAUGUCAACUCAUCCUUCUUUGUAGACCCUGUCAGUGGACUUGUGUCUGUCAGUGCCCCCCUGGACAGAGAACUGUGGCCCCUAUACAACCUGACUGUGACAGCCACAGACCAGGGUUCUCCGCCAGCCACUGGGACUGCUCAAAUUGUGGUGACCAUUACUGACGUUAAUGACAACGCCCCCACAUUAGUCAACGUACAUGGACAGGUGAAGGAGAACCAGCCUGCUGGUACCAUAGUGGCCAGGCUCAACACCUCUGAUGCUGAUCUACCUCCCAACCAGGGGCCAUUCUCCUACUGGAUCGUCCAGCCUGCCUCAGGGAGGAGCUUCACCCUAACUUCUGAUGGAGUCCUUUCCACCUCCAGACCUCUGGACCGGGAGGUCAACUCUGUGUUUCAUCUGUCGGUGGUAAUCAGUGACGCAGGGACUCCUCCGCUGUCCUCCACCACGAUGUUUAAUGUCAGAGUCGAGGAUGAGAACGAUAACCCAUCGGUCCCGAGGAACGUCUACAUCGAGGUGAAGUACUAUGGCAGUGCCUUCCCCGGCGGCUUCAUCGGCGACGUCAGACCCGAGGACCAGGAUGUGGUGGACACGUUUAACUGCAGCAUCAGAAACGGACCUCUUAACAUGUUCACAAUCCCUGACGGCACCUGCGAUAUCUGGUCUUCCCCAUACCAGGGAGAAGCUACGUACAACAUCACAAUUGAGGCCACCGACCACCUCCACCCUCCCGUUAACAACAGUAUCUACGUGAACUACAAAGGCUUCACCAACGCUUCCAUGGACAGCUGUAUACUGUUCUAUGUGGCGUCCACCUCGGUCGAAGACUUCUUGUCUCUCAAUUAUUUGAAGUUUGUCAAAGCCCUAGACAGCCUGUUCAACCUGCAGGCCUCCAAGACUCACAUGUUUGGGAUUAAGCCUACAGGUGAUAAAGUCCUGCUCCUGGCUGCGGUGAAGAGUUACAACGGUCAGUACCUGAAUGGAGAGGUCGCCAGCAGUAUCUCUGCUGCCCACCAGAAACUCCUGGAGGCUCAGAGCAACAUCACUCUGUCCUACAUCACCAGCGACCCCUGCCUCGUCAACCCCUGUCUGAACGGCGCCACCUGCAACAAAAAUGUCCACAUCGGCCCAGAGGUGUUCGUCCUGGAGAGCCCGUCGGUCAUCUUUGUGUCGCCGCAGAAUGAGAUCUUUAAUUGUUUGUGUUCAGCGGGCUUCGCCGGCCCACUGUGUGAAUUAGAUGUGGAUGAGUGUGACGAGAGACCCUGCGAGAAACAGAGCGUGUGUGUUAAUAACCCAGGAGGGUUCCGUUGCCACUGUAGGAGGGGCUUCCCUGGCCUGUACUGCUCAGCUGACCUGGAUGUUUGCCUGGGGGUCCACUGUCAACAUGGAGGGACGUGCCUGAACACGGAGGAUGGGGUUCACUGUGACUGUAGUCCUGGAUAUGAGGGAGACUUUUGUGAGCAUUCCGUUAACCACUGCGCAUCAGCACCUUGUUUCCAAGGCAACUGCACCAAUGGUCUGACAGGAUACACAUGUCAUUGCCCUUUUGGUGUGAGUGGCAUCCACUGCGAAGAGGACAGCUUUGGCUUUGAGGAGUUGUCCUAUAUGGAGUUUCCUCCUCUAGAUCCCAGGAGUAACUUCAUCUCCCUGGAGCUGGCCACGUUACAGCAGAACAGCCUGCUGCUGUAUAACCCUGCAGGCUCGGGCAGUGUAGAGUACCUGGCACUGGAGGUUGUGAAGGGGAGGGUCCGUCUCUCAUACGACCUGGGCUCUGGAGCUGUCCGUCUGCAGACGGAAAGGCAGGUGGCUGAUGGACGCUUUCACAGCAUCACCGUCAGGAGGAUAGGAAAUAUAGGCUCUCUACAAGUGGACCACUGUCCUGAUGUGAAGGCUACUGGAUUUUGUCUCUCUCAAAGUAAUGGCAUUGGCUCCAAAAGGACCCUGGACGUUGGCGGCAGUAACAUGACGUUUGGGGGAGUCAGAUCUAUUGAGUCUGUUCUGCUGCGUCCUGGUCAAGUCCAGACUCAUGACUUUGUUGGCUGUGUGAGAAACAUGAAAGUAAAUGGUAUACCUUUAGGGCUUACCAAAGCUCUGGCGGCCUACAACUUCUUGGAGAGGUGUCCUCGAGCAGCAGUGUCUCCGUGUCUCAGUGGUCCGUGUCUGAACGGAGGAGUGUGCCAGGACCUCUGGUCUCACUACAUCUGUCAGUGUACACACCACUACACUGGAACCACCUGUAACACAGAGAUUUCAGAGGAGCAUGUGUUACGGCUGGGCAGUAGCGGCUACAUAGAAUAUGUGGUCAGAGAGAGCUACAGGAGAGAGCAGCAGCUGAGAGACCUGCUGGACGAAGACAGAGGACAGACAGAGACCAGCAGAGAUCUCUCUGAGAUAGAAGUCAAGGUGAAGACUGUGGAGAGAGACGCAGUGUUGCUGUUCGUUUUGGGAAGGAAAGGACACUUUGAGCUCAGGGUGAUGGAUGGAAACCUUCUGUACGUCUCCAGAGACAGAAGGUCAGACGUCCUCUCAGAGGUUGCCUCAGAGACCAGCAUGGCAGACGGGGACUGGCAUGUCCUCCAUCUUUCCACAGUUGGACAGAGCACUGUCCUUCUGAUGGACGGCCAGACAGUCACGAACACCAGCAAUAACGGAGCUCUGGACCUAAGUGCUGUCAAUGUGGAGAAGAUCGUCCUUGGAGCAAGUCCACCACCACCCCGAGACACGAGAAUCAAGCGCCCAGUAGGGUUCUCUGGUUGUGUGGAGUAUGUCCGAUACAAUGGCCAUUUCCUGCCAGUCAGCGGCUACAGUCUGAUAGUGGAGGUUUGGCCCAGUUCUACCCUUCUUCAGUCCAGCUGUGAGUCCCCAGGCUCCUGUGUUCCCUCAUGCUCCUGUGUUUCCACCACUUGCCCUGAGGAUGUCCCCACCAACGCCAGACUACCUUGCCUCUCUCUGCCCUGUCCCACUGCUCCAGCCUGCGGUGGCUCGGCUGGCACUAGGAACAGCUCCUGUAUCUGCCUCACGGCUGGCUCCUGUGAGCUCUGCUCCUCCCCUCCACCAGAGGACUUCCAGGGUGGAGCAGGAGUGUGUUCUGAUAAGGAGGCCCUCAGGGGCCCCUCCGCUCCUCUGUGGGUCAUCGGCGUGGUUCUCCCCAUCACCUCCUUCCUCCUCUGCCUGGGCCUGGGUGUGUUCCUCUGCCUGGGGAGACGCAAUGCUAACGCCUGCUGCCACCGGCCACAGAAGCGUCAGGCUGAAAGUGGCUCACCGCAACGUGGAGAGGAAGGGACGGACAACGGAGCGUUUUGUUUUGAAGGCCCGAGGACCACUCGUUCUGUACCUGCGGUGAGAGGGAAGCCACCUGACGGGAUCCGGGAGGACAAACUGAGGGAGGCUGUCCAGGACGGCUACAGUACAGCCAGGCCAGGUGUGGAGGCUGGUGGACACAGUGAGGAGCUGGAAUACUACGAGAUAGACAGUGUCUACAGUGUGUUCCAAUCUGACACUGGCUCUCUAAGGCUCACUGGAUCUCUCCACAACACAGAUUGGGAGAGGACAGAGACUGGAGUGAGGGGAGGAUUGAGGGGAUGUCAGAAGAAAAUGCCAGAUUCCCCAAAUCCAGAUGACCGAGAGAGGCCAGUGGAGCUGUGGCAGAGGCCCCUGACACACCCUGACCAAAGAGUCUCCAGAGACGGAGGAUGUGGUAUGGCCAGUGGGCCGCUGAGCCAGGUAGCUGAUGAAGAGCAGCGCUUCCCCGGGAGGUUGGUAGUGCCAGGGCUGAGGGGUCCUCCUCACUGUCUCUCUGUGGAGGAGGUGAGGAAGCUGAACAGCCCUGUGGGUGUUCAGUUACAUCAGCUGGCUCAAUGGCCCAUGCCUGGCAGACCUUCCAGAGGGAUGGACAGCAACACCCACAGCUCCUUUACCUGCUCAGAGGUCGACUUUGACAGGGACUUCGCUCUACUAAGCGCCCAGGGCUUGUUACAGGAGCGGACACUGAUCACUACCCCCAGAGAACCAGUGGAGAGCCUGCCUGUGCCCCCCUCUCAGGCCCAGUACAGGACUAGGACGGCCGACUCUGGAGAUUCCCCUCAACACUGGGAGCAGCUCCUGAACAUGUGUGUGUGUUUCCACACCUACGCCCCAGUGUUUGAGGACAUAGCAGGGCUGCCAAUGGAACGACCACCUGACUGGGACAGGCAAAGCGAUCUGGAGGAGAUCAUAUGACAGGUCAUGAAAAGAAAUGUACAAGAACUAUGGUAAAGAUUGUUUCAUUGUAAGAGCUCUGCCAGGGAAUGAGUUUGCUUUUAUUCAUGCAGGCGUUUGCAUCAUAAUUGAGGGUAAAGUACAUCCCUGGCAAUGUGUGUUGACAGUAUUGCGGACAGCAGAAUGUACUGUAUGCAGAAUGACUAUAUUUAUAUUGUAAUGCAAUGCUCUCAAACAUCCUAUCCCACCCAUUUAUUUUCACUGACUGUUGCAUUGAAAUAGUCUCAUGUUACUCAAAGCUGUGCAUCAUUGUGUUGUUUACCUUCCAUUUGGUUAGUUAAGUGUUUUGGAUUUAGAUCACUUUUGUCUCACUUUAAUAGGCAACAGUGCAGUUGAACGCAGAAACAGUUCAGCACUAUACGGUUCUUUACAUUGAGGGAGUUUUAUUACGCUGGCCCGGGUUGAACCGGGCAACGGCCCGUCACACCGUCGGGCGAAAGCUGGGAGGGAAGAGCACCCUUCUCAGAUCUAACAGUAAUCUGCGCAGCUCGGUCAUGUUGUCAACAAGGCAGCAUGGUGCAUCGUCCAGAAACAUACAUCUCUUUGCCAGAAAAUGAACUAGUUUUAAUUUUGAUAAAGCAGUAAGAAAACAAAUCACAUAAUCCUACGCAUCACUCCAUGUGCUUAAUUAUUAAUCACUUUUGUUUUGAGCCGACUUUGCCAUUGGCCAUAGCGGGGUACCUGGCUCAAGCCCGGGGGGCAGUCACUUUUCACCCAAUUCAAACUCCUCCCACCGGGGUAACCCGGGCCUGAUAAACAACCCCCCCCCCCAGUGUCAAAUUACUAGCUCCACUUUCUAUAGGUACACCAAUCUGUACAGCUGACUAGCUCUACUUGCUAUGGGUACACCAAUCUGUACAGCUGACUAGCUCUACUUGCUAUAGGUACACCAAUCUGUAGAGAGCUGACUAGCUCUACUUUCUAUAGGUACACCAAUCUGUAGAGAGCUGACUAGCUCUACUUUCUAUAGGUACGCCAAUCUGUAGAGAGCUGACUAGCUCUACUUUCUAUAGGUACACCAAUCUGUACAGCUGACUAGCUCUACUUGCUAUAGGUACACCAAUCUGUAGAGAGCUGACUAGCUCUACUUUCUAUAGGUACACCAAUCUGUAGAGAGCUGACUAGCUCUACUUUCUAUAGGUACGCCAAUCUGUAGAGAGCUGACUAGCUCUACUUUCUAUAGGUACGCCAAUCUGUAGAGCUGACGAGCUCUACUUUCUAUAGGUACGCCAAUCUGUAGAGAGCAGACUAGCUCUACUUUCUAUAGGUACGCCAAUCUGUAGAGAGCUGACUAGCUCUACUUUCUAUAGGUACGCCAAUCUGUAGAGCUGACGAGCUCUACUUUCUAUAGGUACGCCAAUCUGUAGAGAGCUGACUAGCUCUACUUUCUAUAGGUACGCCAAUCUGUAGAGAGCUGACUCGCUCUACUUUCUAUAGGUACGCCAAUCUGUAGAGCGCUGACUAGCUCUACUUGCUAUAGGUACGCCAAUCUGUAGAGCUGACGAGCUCUACUUUCUAUAGGUACGCCAAUCUGUAGAGAGCUCUGAAGUAAUCGACAAGUCUGUAUGGUACCAAAUCAAAUCACCAUACCAUAUACACACGCACAGUCCACUCCUUUAUGAACUCAACCUGUGAAUGAUUAAGCAUCCAUUUACAAUUUUCACAAAACAUUUCUAUUAUUUGAGUGUUUUCUGUCGCUUGUAUAUGGACUCUAUCCAUAGAUCUUCUCUAGAUUGUUAUGAAACGGGGUCCACUUUGUCAAAAUAAUAAAGUCACGAACAUCAGACCUGGCGAAUGGAUGAUUAAAGCUUUUUAUUUAG